CCCUUGCUCGGGAACGCUUGUAAAGACGCAGGAGAAAUAGUCGCUAAAAUAGGGUAAUUUGGCUGAUUUGAUCUAAUCAUGAUGGUGAAUUAUAUCGUAUCUGAUGACGAAUGGGUGAAUUAUAAUCUAAUAGUGAACAAUUUGAAUAACAUAAAAUAAAACAACAUAAUUCGCGACUCUAGAAGGUCGUUGUAGUGUGACAAUGUCUUAUCCUGAAGCGAAUGUCACUGCGAUGAUUUUUAAACCUCGCAAAGUAUUUGAAUGAAAUAAUAUAGAUUAAAAGUGGAGUUGACAAUUAUCAAGAGCGACUUGCAGGGAUAAACUAACGGAAUUCAUUGUACACCGCGGGUGUCAGAAAUCCGAGACAUAAUGGAAGCACCGGCGUGUUUACUGCUAACAAUACUUCCAGUGUGCUGGGCGGGCACCGAUUACCAGGAGGCCAACUAUGCCACCUGGAUACAGGUGCGCAAGUUCGUCGUUCCCCAGUACGUUGCCCUUGGGGAGAACGUGAGUCUCCAGUGCGACUACGAGGUGCAGGACCACGCCACGCUCUACUCACUCAAGUGGUACAAGGGCAACUCGCAGUUCUACCAGUACAUACCGUCCAAAAAGACACCGCACGCGGCUUUCUCUGUACAGGGGAUCAAUAUGGAACAGGUGGUGCACAAGCGUGAAGGGCGGCUGGUGAUCCUGAAGGGGGUCGAGGUCGGUGCCACAGAUGUGUAUCGUUGCGAGAUGGUGGCAGAGGGACCCCCGUUCCACACACUGCAACGAUCUGCUAACAUGACUGUCGUGGUGGUGCCCGACGGCCCCCCUGUCAUCACCGGCAGCCAAGAGUACUACCACCUGCACGACCAAGUCACCCUCAACUGCACGGCGCCCCUCGCGCAGCCCGGAGUCACGCUCAAGUGGUACCUCAACGACAGGGAGGCGCUACUGGAGAGCGUGCGGAUAGUGGACCGCGAGACGAACCCGGCAGGGCUCGAGCGCAUUACGACGCGCCUCAGCCUGUACGUGACCCAGGACCACUUCCAGAACGCCGCCAUGACCAUCAGGUGUGUGGCAAGCCUGGCCAACCUGUACCUGCAGUCGGCGCAAGUCAUCAUCAGGGAGCCCUCCAAUACGUGGCUUGCCAGGAGCAAUUUGUACCACACUUCAGGUGCAGAGAUGCAAAGGUCGAACCACCUGCUAGCGUUCUUUUAUAGCGUCGUUUUGCUGAUCGUGCUUUUCCUUCGCAUGCACGGCAGCACAAGCUACUACCGUCAACCUUUUGGAAGGCCCCAGCUAGGGCACAGAGGAGAGGCAGUGGCAUAUCAUCUGCUGUCAGCAGGUACGUGUAAAUAUAACAAGAUUCUCAUGUCAUCAGGCUCUCACCUUAAACCCCAGAGGAAUAUUGUACUGCGCUUUGGCCAAGGACUUUAUAUCGACUUCAGAAACUUCUACAUUCAUUACAGCUCAGUACGCAGUGUGGAGUACUUUUGUGUUGAUUCACAUAUAUUUGUUUUAUUCGGCGAAACUAAAUCAGUGUUCAGAAUCAUUAUGAUAGCCUAUACUCUAAUAACGGAACCAUGUGUUCUUUUCUCACGCAGCGAAGGUUGUCUUCUGAUGUCAUCGUAUGCAAUGGAAAUCAAGACAUAUUGA